CUGUCGAUAGAUUCGCAAUUCACCAUCAUUCAGGCUUACGCGCCUACAGCUGACAGCGAAGAAGAGCAGCAUGACAACUUCUACGAACAACUCGAGGAGCUCGUGCGUAGGCAACGUGGUUACGUCGUUGUGAUGGGAGAGUUCAACGCCCGGAUCGCACCUUUUAGUUGCGAGAAAAGAAAGAAGAUCAGUUCUGGAGGAAGCGCUGCCUUUUCUCCCAUCAGAAGCGAUACCCCUGUACUUCUGAAAGGAGGUGCUAUCGAAGACGUUGACGAGCACGUGUACCUCGGGAGCCAGCUUAACAUGAGGAACGGCAUAACUGAAGAGUUAGCAAGACGUCGCAAGGCUGGAUGGGCAGCAUUUAACUCCAUAAGAAGCGUACUAGAGGACUGCAUCAGGGACUGCAAACUUCGAGCAGACCUAUUUAAUUCAACGGUGUUGCCUGCCCUCAGUACGCGGGAGAAACCUGGGCUCUGA